GCCGCGGCCGGGCCCGCCGAGCUGGGCGCCGAGGGCGCGGGCAAGGGCCGCGGGCCCGGCGAGCAGGACUGGGUCAACAGGCCCAAGACGGUGCGCGACACGCUGCUGGCGCUGCACCAGCACGGCCACUCGGGGCCCUUCGAGAGCAAGUUUAAGAAGGAGCCGGCCCUGACUGCAGGCAGGUUGUUGGGUUUCGAGGCCAACGGGGCCAACGGGUCUAAAGCAGUGGCGAGAACAGCAAGGAAAAGAAAGCCUUCUCCAGAACCAGAAGGUGAAGUCGGGCCCCCUAAGAUCAAUGGAGAGGCACAGCCAUGGCUGUCCACACCCACAGAAGGGCUCAAGAUCCCCAUUACUCCUACAUCCUCUUUUGUGUCUCCACCACCACCCACUGCCUCACCUCAUUCCAACCGGACCACACCGCCUGAAGCGGCUCAGAACGGCCAGUCUCCCAUGGCAGCCCUGAUCUUAGUGGCAGACAAUGCGGGCGGCAGUCACGCCUCGAAAGAUGCCAACCAGGUUCACUCCACUACCCGGAGGAAUAGCAGCAGCCCACCCUCUCCGUCCUCUAUGAACCAAAGAAGGCUCGGCCCCAGAGAGGUUGGGGGCCAGGGGGCAGGCAGCACGGGAGGACUGGAGCCAGUGCACCCUGCCAGCCUCCCAGACUCUUCUCUGGCAGCCAGUGCCCCCCUGUGCUGCACCCUCUGCCACGAGCGGCUGGAGGACACCCACUUUGUGCAGUGCCCGUCUGUCCCUUCGCACAAGUUCUGCUUCCCUUGCUCCAGACAAAGUAUCAAACAGCAGGGAGCCAGCGGAGAGGUUUAUUGUCCCAGUGGGGAAAAAUGCCCUCUUGUGGGCUCCAAUGUCCCCUGGGCCUUUAUGCAAGGGGAAAUUGCGACCAUCCUGGCUGGAGAUGUGAAAGUGAAAAAAGAGAGAGACUCGUGACUUUCCGGUUUCAGAAAAACCCAAUGAUUACCCUUAACUAAAACUGCUUGAACUGUAUAUAUAUCUCCAUAUAUAUAUAUAUAUAUAUAUAUAUAUAUGUAUAUACACACACACACACAUAUAUA